GGAUUAGAAGGAACAAUGAGACAUCCUGGGUUUUAUGCGGGGGCGGAGGACAAGCUGGGCUGGGCGUUCGGUCUGGGCCUGGAGAGGCUGGCGAUGGUCCUCUACAGCAUCCCGGAUAUCCGGCUGUUCUGGAGUCAGGACGAGCGAUUCCUCAAACAGUUCAGAGUUCAGGACAUCCACCAACCCAUCUGCUUCCAGCCGCUCAGUAAGUACCCACCUCUCCAUAACGACAUCUCCUUCUGGCUGCCGGACGACAAAGAGAGCGAGGCAGGCAGAGAGAGCUUCACGGAGAACGACUUCUACGAGCUGGUGCGCUCCAUUGGAGGAGACCUGGUGGAGAAAGUGUCUCUCGUGGACAAUUUUACACACCCAAAGACCGGGAGGCGGAGUCAGUGUUACCGCAUCAUCUACCGCCACAUGGAGCGAACUCUGACCCAGCAGGAGGUCCGACUCGUCCACCAGCAAAUCGAACAAGCUGCUGAGAGCGAGCUGGGCGUGCAGGGCCGAUUCUGACACACACACACACACACACACACAGACACACACACACACACACACACACACACACAUAAAUGUAUUUAUAUACCUCAGAGCUGUUAAGCAGCUUCGUCACAUCCCCGUAGCUGUGAGAUUUCACUGUGAGGGGAAACACGUUGAUUUCAAUAAAGAUGUCACCGUCUUUGAUGCUGCGCACACACACACACGCGCACACACACACACACACACACGCACACACACACACACACACA